AUGGCUUCUCUCAAGGUGCUUAGCUGUCUCAUAGCAGUUUCUUUUCUGUCUAGCUCUCUGUUAGACGCUUUUCCAGGUUCGGGUUAUGGUUGGGGUGGGGGAGGCUACUCGGGGCUCACACCAGAAUUCUACGACUUUUCAUGCCCACGAGCUAAUGAGAUUAUAAUGUCUGUAUUAGAGAAGGCCAUAGCAGAAGAUCCCAGAAUGGCUGCCUCUUUACUGAGACUCCACUUUCAUGAUUGCUUUGUGCAGGGUUGUGAUGCUUCAAUCCUGCUGGAUGAUAGUGCUACAAUAGUUAGUGAAAAGAAUUCUGGACCAAACAAGAAUUCAAUAAGGGGAUUUGAAGUGAUUGAUGAGAUCAAGGCUAAACUGGAAAUAGUAUGCCCUCACACAGUUUCAUGUGCAGACAUUAUCACCCUUGCUGCUCGGGAUUCCGUCGUAUUAAGUGGUGGACCGCAUUGGGAAGUGCCAUUAGGAAGAAGGGACUCAAAAGCAGCAAGUCUCAGUAGAUCAAACACUGAUAUUCCUGCUCCAAAUUCCACCAUCAAAACCCUCAUAACAAAAUUCAAGCGUCAAAGUCUGGAUAUUGAAGAUCUUGUCGCUCUUUCGGGAGGCCAUACAAUUGGGGUGGCAAGAUGCGUGACAUUCAGACAAAGGCUAUACAAUCAAAAUGGGAACAACCAACCUGAUGCAACUUUAGAGAAAACGUACUACAAUGGCUUACAAAAAAUCUGCCCUAAAGUUGGUGGAGAUAAUAAUAUUUCACCACUUGAUUUUGCAUCCCCAGUUAAAUUUGAUAACACAUAUUUCAAGCUCAUUUUAUGGGGCAAAGGGCUUCUCAAUUCCGAUGAAGUUCUGCUGACUGGAAACAUUCGCCAAACCAUGGAGUUGGUGAAAAGCUAUGCGGAAGAUGAAGCUCUUUUCUUCCACCAAUUUGUAAAAUCUAUGGUCAAAAUGGGGAACAUCAGUCCUCUUACUGGUUCAAAAGGUGAAAUAAGGAAGAAUUGUCAUCUAGUGAACUGA